CACUUCCUACAUACGUUGUUCAUUCAUUCUGAUUUUUGUCAUACCUCGUGUUUAGUUAACGACCACAACAUGAUUAAAUACAAUAGAAUUAAACCCAAGUAAAGUGAAAAUAACUAGACCGUAACUAUCAAAUUUAAACAAUAGAGUAGUUCAAGCUCACUUAAAAUAUAAAGCUCAAGUUGUCUGUCGUUGUUACUUUGCUACAAAUUGUGUUUAACAUUUUUACAAUCGCAUCAAAUAUGUAAAUUAAAUUCGAUAUUUAAUACAUGGCAUUGGUUGCUAGAAUCAGUUUAAACAAAAGAAGUGUAAACAAACAAGUGAAAAAAUUUUGUUUCAAUCCAGCUAUACGAUAUAGCAAUUGAAGAUAUGAUGAUUAGUAAUUAUAAUUGAAUUAAUAAUAAUUAUAAAGUAGAGUAAUUAUGGCAUCAAAGAUAACAGUAUUGAGAAAAACCGAAGUUAUUGAUGAAGAAAACAGAAAGACGACAAUGGCACAGCGAAGAUGGAGAUUAUUAGCACGUGCAUUAACCCACUCUUCAGACCAAUUAAAUCCAGCAGAAGAGGAAAUAUCAGUACGUCGUUUCACCUCAUUCGGUUUAGUUAAUCCAACAUUAUUAGAAAAUGCACCAGUUGAUCCCGAAUCAUCGUGGUACGAGUACAGUUGUGUAAUUGAAAACGAACUUUUUAUUGCUCAAGUACGACGUAUCAACAAGACCUUCACGGCAAACGAGCUUAUUGGUUUUAAUAAUACCGGUAACGUGUGUGUAUGGCCGUCUGAAGAAUGUUUAGCGUAUUAUUUAUUAAACAAUCAAAAUAUCUGCCGUGAUAAAGUAGUAUUAGAGUUGGGCGGUGGUAUGAGUUGUCUUGCUGGUGUUUUUGUUGCCAAAUAUUGCGGACCUGCUGGUGUAACACUUACUGACGGUAACGUCACAAGUGUCGACAACGUAAGGUGUAUCGUUGCCAGAAACAACAUGGAAGAUUCGGUUAAAUGCGGUGUUGUGCAGUGGGCCAGGGCAGCAGCUGCACUUAGAAAAACUGCCAACGGUAAUCGAGUUCAGACAACAUGGUGUUCUGAAAGUGGCGACGAUUCACGCAGAACUGAAGGUUUUUACGAUGUAAUACUCAGCGCUGAUUGUUUAUUUUUCGAUGACGUGCGACUUGAUCUCAUUGAAACAAUUUACGGUUGGCUUGCAGACGACGGCAUUGCACUGAUGAUGGCACCUAAACGCGGUACAACAUUCCAGAAAUUCGCUGAAGCGGCUGUUAAACGUGGGUUCUUAGCAAGACAGAUGGAACUAUACGAUAAUCGUGUAUGGUCAAGACAUCUCGAGCUAUUACAGCAUAAUCAUGAAUACUCAGCUGAUCUUCAUUAUCCUGUUUUACUUGAGCUUACGAAACAAAGAAAUUCAUCGUCUAGUUGAAAUUUUUAUUAUUCUCUAUUUUUAAACUUAAAUGCUAAUUAUUA